AGGCGGCCCUGGAAGGCUUGCGCGGAGCUGUCCGCGGUGCUGAAACCCCGGAGCUGUCCGCGGUGCUGAAACCCCGGAGCUGUCCGCGGUGCUGAAACCCAACCUUCGCUACUAAACUGAGGGGGGGGGGAAAAGCCGAGCGGAAGAGCGCACCAACGGGGCCUGCCCAAGAGAGACCCCCUUUAUGUACAAUCCUUGGCGCAGCGCCGGAGCGUCGGGAGCCUUGAAUUGCGGCGGCGGCGGCGGCGGCAGCGGCGGCAGGGAAGGCAACCUCAGGUGUCCUGGUGGCGCGCUGCUGCGAAGGAUGAAGGGCUUCCUCCGUUUGGUUUUGGGCUACUUGGCAGCAGACCUCCUCCCCCUUCUGCUGUGUCGGGCGCAGGAGAAAGUCGGGCAACACCUGGGCAGCAUCGUGAUGCUGUUCGAUUCCGGCGGGAACCACAGCCGAACGGGUGAGCCGCCACCCGCCGACGCCUCGGAGCCGCCCCCCAGCCCGGAGGCAUGCCGGGGCUACUUUGAUGUGAUGGGCCAGUGGGACGAGGCUUUCAACUGCAGCGUCCGCGGCUACCCGUUUUGCUGUGGCACGUGCGGCUUCCGUUUCUGCUGCCAGGAUCAAAAGAGACGGUUGGACCAGGAGGUCUGCACCAACUAUAUCAAGCCCCCCUGGCUUAACGGGCGCAAGAUGACCAACCGGCCCAUGGACUCAUCCCAUGACCCCACCCGCGACAAGACCAACCUCAUCGUCUACAUCAUCUGUGGGGUGGUUGCUGUCAUGGUUUUGGUGGGCAUCUUCACCAAACUCGGGCUGGAGAAAGCACACCGGCCCCAGCGGGAACACAUGUCCAGGUAAGCUGAGCUCCA